AUGGUGCUGCUCGAGAAAGCCAUGGCCACUUUCCGCUUGGCCCUCAUCCAACUUCAGGUUUCUUCCGUCAAAUCAGAUAACCUCACUCGAGCUUGUGGCCUCGUGCGGGAGGCAGCAACACAAGGAGCGAAAAUAGUUUCUCUGCCAGAAUGCUUUAAUUGUCCAUAUGGCACGAAAUAUUUUCCCCAAUAUGCUGAGAAAAUUCCUGGUGAAUCUACACAGAAGCUUUCUGAAGUAGCAAAGGAGUGCAGCAUAUAUCUCAUUGGAGGUUCUGUUCCUGAAGAGGAUGCUGGGAAAUUCUACAACACCUGUGCUGUGUUUGGGCCUGAUGGAACUUUACUGGUAAAGUACAGAAAGCUCCAUCUGUUUGAUAUUGACGUUCCAGGGAAAAUUACAUUUCACGAAUCUGAAACAUUGAGUCCUGGUGAUAGUUUCUCCACAUUUGAUACUCCUUACUGCAGAGUGGGCCUGGGCAUUUGUUACGACAUCCGCUUUGCAGAGCUCGCACAAAUCUACGCACAGAGAGGCUGCCAGCUGUUGGUGUAUCCUGGAGCUUUUAAUUUGACCACUGGACCAGCCCACUGGGAGUUGCUUCAACGAGGCCGGGCUGUUGAUAAUCAGGUAUAUGUGGCCACGGCAUCUCCUGCCCGGGAUGAUCAGGCCUCCUAUGUCGCCUGGGGACACAGCACUGUUGUGAGUCCUUGGGGAGAUGUCCUUGCCAAGGCUGGCACUGAAGAGACCAUCGUGUAUUCAGACAUAGACCUGAAGAGGUUGGCUGAAAUACGCCAGCAAAUCCCCAUUUUUAGCCAGAAGCGAUCAGACCUUUAUGCAGUGGAGGCGAAAAAGCCCUAA